GAAUCUGUGAUACUGUUCGACGGGCUGGUGAAUGUUGACUGUUUGCAUUUGUGUUUAGACGAAACAUACAAUACAAAACACACAACCAUACGAAUUUACAACAAAGACAACGACGACGACGACGACAACAAAAAACACAUGAAAUUCAGAGGCAGCAACGGCGUCAGCGGCAGCGGUAUCGCGCGUUUGGUUCGCUACUGUUUUGCUUGUGCAUGUCAUCGCGUUUCAGUUUCGAUUUACAUUUACUAGCGAUCACAUGUUGUUUGCGUGUAGAAUUUUUCGUGCUAUGAAGUGAAAUUUGUAGUGAAGUGUUUUCAAGCAUUUUACCAAAAAAAAAUUUAUUUCCAUUUUUAUUUUCAUCGUACUAAAAGCCAUCAUCGAACGACAAUAAUCCUCUCGAGUUCAAACAUAGAGAGAAUAAUCACCGUUCAGCCAAUGUGUUCGCAAUGAAUCGGAAAAUGAAACCGUAGAAGGAACAAACAUACAAUAAAAACGACUACGACGACGACGACACAACAAAAGACGACCCACGAUCAACGACACAUACACACACAAAAAAAAAACGACAAGCGAUAAAUCAUCGAUUGAUUUUCAGCUGAGUCAGUGAACAUUGUUACUUUAUCAUAAGCAACAGUACCCAGCGACUUGUGAGAAUAUAUUCCGAAUCACACCGAUCGAUCGUUCAAGUGAAUACAACUAGUGAGCUAGUAGAACAUUUAUGAGCAAUUGAUCGAACGGGUAGAAAACAAAUAGCAGAAGCUCCGAGCCAAAAACGAAAAAAUAAAAAUAAAACGGAUAACAAAAUAGAAGUAAAAGUGAAUUAAGCAAUGUUGAAGAGAAUCAAUCGAUAAGGAGAAUGUAUAAUACAAAUUUCACAAUCGGUGGUGAAUAAUGAGCGAUCUUGCCGAUCAAAUCGACGAUUACAUAUGCACAUUUGAUGCUGUUGGUGAUUUAACAAUGGACACAUUAGCAAUGUUUAUAUUUGGAUGGGCCCUAUUGGCUCUAUUCUUAUUGUGGCUGUGCAAAUUUUUAUACAAUAAAUAUGUGAAAAAGGAUGGUGGCGCAGGCGGUGCGGGUGUCGAUUCAACUAAAUACGGUAUUAGCCCAAGCGAAAAGAAUCGCCGUUCGGAAUCGAAGGAAUUAUCGACCAGCAAAGAUAUUAAGGGUUUGGACUUGGCAGCAAAACCAUUGGGUAAAAUUGGUGUUGCCUCUCAAGCGCGUAAGCGUUUAUCACGCAAAAGCCCUGGACCCGAACUUCGGAAAACAUUACGCUCAAUCCCACCGCCAACCAAUGUCACCGGGCCUGAAACGUCUUCAGUAGCAUGGACGAGUCAGAUAUUCAGAUGGCUGUACAGUGACUUGGUGAUCGUCAAUGAUUUGUUGCAAACAUGGGUUCAAGCACUCAACGAUCACAUGAAGAAAAAUGCCGAAGAGAAUGGAGUCGAUAUAGAAAUUGUGCGUGUUUUACCAGAAAGCCCAUCACCAAAUUUGGCUAACAUCUUCUGCAACAGCACCGAAACGGAUCCCAGCGACAUGACAAUCACGUUGGACAGCGAUGCGACGCCGGUGUUCCAAAUCAAAGUUCAUCGUCUCCGAGCUGGUAAAAUGGAAACUUCUCACUAUAAGGUCACUGUGUCACGAUUGCGAGCACGUUUAUCCAUCAAGAUCAGUUACACAACGCUGAAAGGAGAAAUGAUGGUUGAAGGCUAUCCCGAUAUCCGCAUUGCCUUGAACAGCAUUGGCGCCAUCAAAACUGUGGACUUAGACGAAAAACAGUUACAAGAAUCCGUUAGUAAUAUUUUGGCAUCUGCGAUCCGUCUUUGUGUAUACCCAAUUGACUUCUCCAUCUACGCGGCCUGCCCACGAGCACAUGAAGAUAGUCGAGAAUUGAGUUACGACUUGGAUCGAUUGAACAAUAGUUCAUCGUCGUCAUUGCAAGGGGUAUCGUCUGGUCGUCGUUUAUUGGUGAAAGUGGUGAAAGGUGAAGGGCUUGUGCAUGCCACCGAUCCAUUCUGUAUCAUUGAAAUGGAUGAACCGCAGCAGAAGAAUCAAACUGGAGCCCGUCAAGGCACAAACCCAUAUUGGGAUGAGCACUUCCUAUUCGAAUUGUCACCGUCAUCAGCUGAAAUUCUAUUUGAAGUAUACGAUCGGAAUCCAACCGGUAUUGAUGAGCCACCGAAAUUCCUUGGCCUUGGUUUGGUCGGUGUUGAUGAGUUGGCCGUUGGUCCGGCAUCAUCGCAAAUUUUAGCACUGCAACCAAGACCAUACGAAAGUGAUGAUGUUUCAGGAGCGAUCACCGUCGAAUUCGUAUUCAUCGAAGGUGCUGAGGUGCCAUGUGGUCGACGUCCAUAUAAAAUGAAAGAAGCUCUAAAGAUCAGCAAUACACAACCAAAUGGUGUUCAAAAUGGAGGCGAUUUGGCUGAUACUGCAAUUCGGGCACUGGAAGGCGGUGCUUUGUCCUACAAUGGCAAUCCAAGCAAGAGCACACUCAUAAUCCACAGUGUUCAACGGGUGGAAUUGAACAGCGAUGGAAAGAUUCAACUAGAGGAAACGAUUAACGAGUCGAUCAUCAAUGGUAAUGCAAAUACAACGGCAAAUGUUAGUGACAGCACAUUCGAUGACAGCAAGAAUGUGACACAAGCAUCGGAUAAAACGGAUGCAUCCGAUAAGGAAGGCGAACCAACGGCAGCCGUUCUAUCGAUUGAUGACCCGGAAAGUGGCGAAAUUUAUAAAAAUCACCUAAUUAGUAAUAAUAUUAACAAUAACCACAUCCCAAGCAAGACCGAUAACCAAUCGGCUGAUGCCAAAAUUGAUGCACCAAACAUCACUGCCGAUGCCAACGGCAACAGCACCAACAACAAAACCAACGAUGCAAAUGGUGAUGUGGUUAACAAUGAUAGUGAUAAUAAGCGCCUUUUUAACAAUUCAAACACUGAUGCUGCUAAUGCGCCGAGUGAACCGCUUGCACAGUCAUCGCCGAUCACUAAUUACACUGGCUAUCAAAAUGGCAAUGGUAAUUAUGCAACGACAAAUGAUGCCAACCAGUCGACAGAUCCAGAGGCGGAUGGGCUCGAACGUGGACGCUCACGCAAAAAGCGUGACUUCUUCGGCACACUGAAGCGGCGGUUGGGCCGCUCGAAGAGCCGCGCCAAAUCGCUUGAACGCCAAGGUGCCGUUCCAAUUGAUGCAAACAAUCCAAAUGAUUCAAAUGCAUUGGCUAAUAGUAUCAGUGGUGGUAUCGCGUCAAACACAUCAACCGGUCCACGAUUAGUAGUGUCUCCUUCAUUCGAUCAAUCACGUCGAUCCUCACUUUCAGAAUCUUCUGCUAUCUCGGGAUUUUCCAGCGCCAGCGCUAGGACAUUUGUACACGAAGCGUCAACACUGGUACUUGAAACGAUAGAAAACGGCGUGAAACGGCACUUCUUGGUUCCCCUCUCGAUAGCACAAAGACCGAGAUGGCGACGCAAGGGUACGAAACUGCACAUUUACAACGAUCACACGUUUUUAGCGAAACACUUGAGCGGUGGCUUAUUAUGUGAUGUAUGUAAUCGUUCGAUACCGAGACGCCCAGGAAAACAGGGCUAUGAAUGCAGAGACUGCAAAUUCAAAUGUCAUAAACAAUGCCACGUGCGAACACCUCAAGCCUGUACCAAUCCAACAGUUUUGUCCAUGGAACUGUCAAAAUUGAACAGUGCUGCAGGCGAUCGAAGCAUCCGAAAAUUAUAAGUAGGCAUCACACACACACAAUAUCACAGUCGGCAAAACCAAAGCUGUACCAACAUUGUCCGCCUGAUUGAGUAUAUCUGGACACACUUAACAUUUAAGCAGAAUUUUAACACACGCAUUUAAUUCAUUGUGUGCUCUCCCAUAUGAGUUUUUAAUUUGUAUUUCACUUUUUCGAUAUUCGUUCCUUAUUUCUUGGUCGGUUAUUGUAUACAUAUAUAUUCAUAUAUAUUUCAAUUUAAUUUUUUGUAUUUUCUGUUUUUGUUUUGCAAGUCAGCAAAAUUAAAGAUUUUCUAUCAUUUGUUAUUAUGGUUUAAAUGAUUUUUUUUCGUUCGUUCGUUCUUUUAUUUUGUGUAUUUGAAAUUUGUAAAUUUUUCUUUUAUUGAGAAAUGACUUUAUUUUCACGAUCUUUUUGAUCACAUAUUUUCUGUUUGUUUUGAAUUGAGAAUUUGUAAAAAAAAAAUGAAAUAACGUUUUACAAAAAAAAAUACCAUUGCAAUAAAUAAGGUAAAUAUGUAGUUAAAUGAAAUGUUAAGCGAUGAAAGCAAAUAAAUUUCAUUAGCCAAAUUAAAUUGAUUGCAAAAUAGGAAGCC